GCUCAAUCCCCUAGAGUUCGUCUAUGUUCGUGUUACGUAUAGUAGUUGCUUUAGCUUUGGCUUCUUUGCUUGGUUGUCAGGCAGGGCAUCCUUGUAGGACAUUGCAGUCUAGGAGCGGAAAGGUAAACCGCAAAGUGGGGCCCCUGACUUUUGACAAUCGGCACGUGUGGUGAGUUUGGGAGGAGAUCCACGCCCUAUGCUCAACUGCCGCGUUUGCCUUGCAGUCCCACGUCAGUUGCGGCUGCACUCAUUGACCAAUUCAAUGUUACUUCAUGUUUGGCUCGAACCUGAUGCUUUCAAUCUUAGCUUUAGGCUAUAUGCCACUCACCCAGAAAGACGAUGGUGGAGAAGUGCCAUGGGGUCCUUGAAAGUGGCUUUGGUACAAAUACAGCAAGCAGAGGACCAGGAGAGCUGCAAAGAAGACGUCCUGCAACAUGCUGCUGACGUGAUCAUGGCAGCGCCUAGCGCGGACAUUUAUUUGUUGCCAGAGCUUGCACCCACAGGCUACAACCAGCAUGUGUUUGAUUCCUUGGAUGUUUGGGCAGAAGCUGAAGGGCCAGAUGCUGCCACAUGCCAAGUGCUGUCAACAGUUGCGAAGGAGCGUGAUGCAUUCAUUUGCUACGGCGUGCCAUUUUGUCAUCCAGAUGGGGGCUAUACCAUCCGUCAAGUGGUCCUGGACAACUCUGGCGCUGUAAUUGCCACCUACGAUAAGAUUCAUUUAUGCCACUUUGGGGAUGGUCGUGAGACCAACUGGUUUCGUCCUGGAGAACAUCUGUGCUUCUUCGACUGCCGUGGCUUCCGACUUGGAGUGUUGAUUUGUGCGGAUAUGCGCUACACAGAGCUUUGUCGUGAACUGGCCAUUGGCCGUGGCUGCGAUGUCCUGCUGCACCCUACGGCCUUUGCACGCGAUGUGACCUUCGCAAGUUGGCCGUCCUUCGUGGAAUGCCGAGCACUUGAAAACCAAGUGUAUUGGGCUGCAGUGAACUACGCGGGGGACCACUUCGGAGGUUCCAUGUGGUGCCCGCCAUGGGUGGAUGGAGUGGAAAGAAAGAUGUUCAGACUGGGGAUUGAGGAAGCGGUGGUCGUGCAUGAGGCCACCAAGGAAGAAUUGGCUUCAGUGCGGAGCUCCUUCCCUUUCCUCGCGGCGCGGAAGGAUCGGAGCGACUACUUAUCGCCUCAGGAUCGGUGAGGUGUCACUUGUGGUGCAAGAUGCAGCUGCCAUGCUGAAACCCGGCAAAGAAUCAGCUGGUCGGUGGAAAAGCCUACAGUGGCGAAUGAGCUCAUGUUGAGAAUUAUGGUCAGACACCUUGAGCCUGCAAAAGGACCAACACUUGAAGCCUAUAUGUUUGCUCACAUAUGUAUUUCUUGCGAAUUCAGAAACUCACUGCUCGAUUGCGCUCGUG